GUAUAUCGGACAAGCCUCAAUUUCUUUCGGUAAUUCACCUGAAAGCUUUUAUUUCUUAUCAUCUCUCAUCAUUUCUCACUGCUCAAUCAUCUAAUUCAAUCAAUCCCCAUCAUUUUCUGGCUCUAAUUUUUCUGGGUUUUUUGUAUAAUCGCGUAAAGAUCAUUUUUUGAUCUCUUCAAACCCUAAAAACUUGAUCUUUAUCACCUUUAAUUUCGAAACAUGGAUGCUGAUUCUUGGAGCGCUCGUCUUUCCUCAGCUUCUAAACGAUACCAAUCUGCUCUACAAUCUCGAUCUGAUAUUUUCAUGGGGUUCGAAGAAAUUGAGGCAGAUGAUGAUAUUAGGGAUGAAUAUCCCUGCCCAUUUUGUUCCGAAUAUUUCGAUAUUGUGGGCUUGUGUUGUCAUAUUGAUGAUGAGCAUCCUGUAGAGGCUAAAAAUGGGGUAUGUCCGGUUUGUGCUAUGAGGGUGGGAGUUGACAUGGUAGCGCAUAUAACAUUGCAACAUGGAAAUAUUUUUAAGAUGCAGCGCAAGAGAAAAUCGCGUAAAGGUGGAUCACAUUCAACGCUUACUUUGUUAAGGAGGGAGCUGCGAGAAGGAAACCUGCAGUCCCUUUUUGGAGGGUCUUCUUACCUAGUUCCUUCAACCAAUGUAGCACCUGACCCAUUGCUAUCUUCCUUUAUUAUGCCAAUGGUUGAUGAUUACGGAAGUGGUCAGUCUCACUCAUUAGCUGAAGUGACAUCUGUCAAGAAAAACACAACUGACAGUAUUUCUGAAAGAAGCAUCCAGUCAGCUCCCUUGUCAGUCAAAGACCACGAGGAGAGGACAAGGAGGAGUGAGUUUGUUCAGGGGAUGUUAUUGUCCACAAUUCUUGAUAAUAAUUUAUGAAGGUGUGCCGUAGCAUCUCUGCUUUCAGGUUUGCAGCCAAGAGCACCGUGACAUCGGUGGUUUUUCAUUGGUUUUCUUAUAAUGAGUAUGCAGUUGUGUCGAGCCAGAGAGUGAAAUAAGAUGGAAUAAAAUGUAAUUUAAGUUGCAUGUAGAGAUGAGUAGUUAGGCUGAAGCAAAACUCUUGUAUUACAUUUCCAUUUUCAGUUGAUGUUUUUCAAAUAAAGGUAAUAAAGAUUAUAUGAACUUGUUGCUUGUC